UUAGCAAUUUAAUAACGAGUGGGAUCAGAAAAAGCAACGCUGUCAAUUAGCAACGAGUAACGAGUUGACUCGUCGGUGUUCAUCUGUCAGGUGGGAAGCAGACAUUUUCUUCUUAAGUGUCUUUCUCGUGCCCGUAAUAGGUGCUGUCUGUAUUUCGAAAGAAUUCACCGAAACAGCGAAAAGUAACAUAAUCCAUAAUGUUCUCAUCACUGUUCGAAGCUGCCAAAAAUUCGCCAUUGCGUACUCCAUUUACUAAAGUCCAAUGCGACACCACCGGUAAGUCAGCGACUGGCCCCGUGCCCGGACGCCAGAUUCAAGCAGCUGCAACACCUAGCGGUGAUUCGUGCGAAUUCGGCAGCAACAAAUACUUUGCGCUAUGCGGUGUUGGUGGCAUCCUGUCCUGCGGUACUACGCACACCUUCGUCGUACCGUUGGAUUUGGUUAAAUGCCGUCUGCAAGUUGACCCCAAAAAGUACAAGAAUUUGAUCAACGGCUUCAAGGUUACCAUUGCUGAGGAAGGCGCACGUGGUCUGGCUAAGGGCUGGGCACCAACAUUCUUCGGCUACUCAGCACAGGGUCUAUGCAAGUUCGGUCUCUAUGAAGUCUUCAAAGUGUACUACUCCAACAUCUUGGGUGAAGAGAACUCAUACUUGUACCGUACCUGGUUGUACUUGGCUGCCUCUGCUUCGGCUGAAUUCUUCGCUGAUAUUGCUUUGGCUCCUAUGGAAGCUGCCAAGGUCAAGAUCCAGACCACUCCUGGCUUUGCCAACAAUCUGCGUGAGGCUUUGCCAAAGAUGAUCAGGGAUGAGGGUGUCACUGCCUUCUACAAGGGUCUGGUGCCAUUGUGGAUGCGUCAAAUCCCAUACACCAUGAUGAAGUUCGCCUGCUUCGAACGCACCGUGGAAUUGUUGUACAAACACGUUGUACCUAAGCCACGUGUCGACUGCACCAAGGGUGAACAGUUGGUGGUGACAUUCGCUGCUGGUUACAUUGCUGGUGUCUUCUGCGCCAUCGUAUCGCAUCCCGCUGAUGUGGUCGUUUCGAAAUUGAACCAAGCCAAGGGCUCCACCGCCAUCCAAGUGGCUAAAUCGCUUGGCUUCAUGGGUAUGUGGAACGGUCUGACACCACGUAUCAUCAUGAUUGGUACACUCACUGCCCUGCAAUGGUUCAUCUACGACGGUGUCAAGGUCGCCUUGGCUCUGCCACGUCCACCACCACCAGAGAUGCCAGCUUCCCUCAAGGCCAAACUCGAGGGCUCACAGUAAAUCAAUUUUAGUUUUAACUCAUCAGCAAACUACAAUACGUAUCUAAAUUAAAUAAGUUCAGCCAGCGAUAUUAAAGUGAGACGCCAUUAAGUGGUCACAGUUACACAGUAGUUAAGAAGACGCAAGCAAGUAUAGCAAGUUUACCACAACAGUACGAUCGAAAGCAGUGAAUAUAUAUACAUACAAACAUUGGCUCGGACACGCGUAACGGCGCAUUUAAUGGGGGGGCAAUGAAAGCAGCAAGACGAAAGACGACGAUACAUUUCCAAAACUGCUAAAAACUUAGUGUUUAAGGUGAAAAGUGAAAAGUGUUGAAAAACUAUGGAAUUUUACUAUAGGUUAAUUCUCAAAGCAUUUACAGCAACAUAAUUCUGGCAUUCCAGUGGGUAAUGUAAAUGUGCCUCUCGCAACUUUGCAUUUCUUAAAUAUUAAACUAUUGACUAAUUGCAAAGUACAUUCUGUAUUUCUUACUAUUUAACUACUUGUUUUCCAAUUUUCCAAAUCCUGCACUUGUAAAGCCUUGUUAAACGUAUUUAAACUAAAAAGAAUUCUAUUUGUGUGCGAGCAGUUAAGCCAAGUGUAAAGAAUUAUGUAAAAUUUACUAACGAUUAUUGUAACACAUGCUUAGCGGCAUUAAGUUAAAAUUUUGAAAUUAUGUAUCGUUUUAGCCACAAAAGUGCUGUCGUGUAUUUUGUAAACCCCGCUAAACAGCGUUGCUAACGUUGUCCGAAAAAAUAUAGUAAAAUAUUCAAAACUAA